UUCCUUGCAGGACAUCUGAGCCCCACUGCCUGCACCCUGAGGAAGCACAAGACGAAUAGGAAGCCCCGAACCCCAUUCACCACUUCCCAGCUGCUGGCUCUGGAGCGCAAGUUCCGCCAGAAGCAAUAUCUGUCCAUCGCCGAGAGAGCCGAGUUCUCCAGCUCCCUCAACCUCACAGAGACCCAGGUCAAAAUCUGGUUCCAGAAUCGGAGGGCCAAGGCCAAGAGACUGCAGGAGGCUGAGCUAGAGAAGCUCAAAAUGGCAGCAAAGCCCAUGUUGCCAUCGGGGUUCAGCCUCCCUUUCCCCAUCAACUCUCCCAUCCAGGCUGCCUCACUGUAUGGAACAUCCUAUCCUUUUCACAGACCUGUGCUUCCUAUCCCACCCGUUGGACUCUAUGCUACUCCCGUUGGAUAUAGCAUGUACCACUUAUCCUAAGAAGAUCAGAAAGACAAAGUGACAGUGAGACAGACUUCCUGGUGGAUCAUGUCUAACCCUGAGAAGGCAGCACCCCAACCAGUACUGGCUGUUCCUUCUGCACACUUCUAUCUGCCAUCCUGAGUGUACGGGAGUUUGCGUUAGCAAAGCAAGGCGUCCUGUAUGCUACAGGUUGGGUGUCUUCUGAGAGUGCUCUGAGCGCUCAGAGUCUGAUCCUCAAAGAAAAAAAAUAUAUAAAAACAAACAAAAAAGAUU